AUGGCGGCAGCGCGCAGCUUGCGCUUGUCAGUGAAAUCGGACAGCGGCUCCGACCGCUCCGACUCAGAGUCCGAUUCAGAGUCCGACAGAGGGGCGCGCGAGGCCGAACCCAUGGAGGUGGAGGAGGGCGAACUGGAUGCAGAGGACGUCUCCGUUAACCGCUCCCUAAAGGAGCUGCUACCGGAUACGAGCAGGCGCUACGAAAACAAAGCGGGAGCCUUCAUCACUGGGAUUGACGUUAAUUCAAAGGAGGCCAUCGAGAGGAAAGAAAAGCGAGCCAGGCGUUUCCAUUUCCAUGGGGAGCCCUGCACUACUCAGCGCGACAUCUUUCUGGAUAAAGAUGCCGUCAAGAAUGCCAUUCCCAGAGUGCGCAUGGAGGCUGUCCACAUCACGGGCGUGGACGACAUGAGCACCCAGGAUGUUUUUGCCUAUUUUAAGGAAUAUCCCCCCGCACACAUUGAAUGGAUCGACGACACAUCCUGCAACGUGGUCUGGCUGGAUGACAACACGGCCAUCAGAGCCUUCAUCAACACCAGCCGCAUGCCCGACCCGCACGAUGUCGUCACAGAUACGGAGCGCGACGCCCGGCCAGGCGAACCCGACAAAGGUCGGAGGCCGAUCGCAGGUCGUCUUAGCCGAGAGACGGACGACGACGAAGAAGAGGGGGAGGUGGAUGAAGAGACGAAGGAGAGCGAAAAAGACUGCCACAGAGAAGAGGAGCACUCUGCCCAGGCGGAGGCUGGCCAGGGGGACAACCUAUCACUGGCUGAGAGAGAGUCGCUUCUGCGGAAUGACCUGCGUCCUGCCAUCAAAGCCUUCAAAGGAAACAAGAUCCUUUUACGCUUUGCCACUCAAGACGACAAGAAGGAGCUGGGUGCCGCUCGCCGCAGUCGCUACUACAUGAAAUACGGAAACCCAAACUACGGCGGCAUGAAGGGGAUCCUCAGCAACUCUUGGAAAAGGAGAUUUCACAACCGACGGAUCCAGCGAGAUGUUAUCAAGAGCAAGAAGCCUCUCAUCGGAGACAGCCUGGGACACACACCGCCAUACACGCACCGUCACUCCGCAGACUUGGUCAACCUACCCGAGGAGCCUAUCAAGGAAGAAGAAGAAGAAGAAGAAGAGGACGAGGACUACGGCGACGAAGACAUGGACUCGGAAGACCGAGUGGUGGAAUUCAAAGAGAAAGCAGACAAGAGUGCCCCGUUCUCCCGGCCCCGUGGUGGUCCGGCGCGCUCACCGUCUCCCUGGUCAGAGUCGGACGAGAUGGACUAUGACCUGGAGUUAAAGAUGAUAUCUACGCCAUCUCCCAAGAAGAGCAAAAAAAUGACAAUGUAUGCUGACGAGCUGGAGGGGCAGCUGAAAAGCAUCAGGAACAGGGUGGGAGAGUCUGCGUCCCAAAGCCGGCCCAAGUCCCCGUCGCCAAAGAAGGUGACCGACGUUCGGCAGCUGCUCUUGGAGAAGAGACAGGGGCUGUUUCAGCACAGACUGCCAGAGGUCAACAGUGGCAGGACAGACGUUCGACAGCGGCUCGGGAAGAGGCGCUACUCCCCAGACAGGGGGCGUUCCUCCUCCCCCGUCUCACCCAGAGACAUGCCUACUCCCGCCAGAGAACCACUAAGUGACGUGCACAGUCGACUCGGUGUCGUGAGCCGCGACAGGGGCACCUCAUCCAAGUCGUCCCAGGACAGAAAGACAAGCAGCCUGUGGAGCCGACUGGGUGAGAAAGAGGAAAAAUUGGGAAGUCGCGAGCGUGGGUCAAGCGGCGGCUCGUCAGGAACGUUCUCGUCCUCGAGUCGGCGUAGCAGGAGACGGCGGGAGAAGAGAGCGGAGGAAGGUGGCGGUAGCGGGCGGGAGGAAGAGGACGACUCCACCCUACAGAAGGUGUGGGGCGCCAUCAUCAAGCAGAAACAGGAGCGCCUCAGCCACAAGAUGAAGAAGAGCCGGCUGGACAACCUGCCAUCGCUGCAGAUCGAGAUCAGCCGAGACAGCAGCGAGGACUCCGACGCUUGA